AACACCAGCGUAGCGACAGUCCUGGGCGUAUACGCAACCUCGUACACUCCGUCCAAAAACUGUUCACCAAGUCCCAUUCCCUGGAAGGUCCCAGCCAACGCAGUCUCAAUGGAAAUGACCCCACCAUCCCUGCCGAUGCAAUGGCUACAGCUGCAUCCCACCCAAAUGUUUCCACCAUGACUGUAAGCACCCUACACAAGCAGUCUAGCAACAAGCGGGGGAAGAACAAGGAACGCAGUCGCUCCGAGCCCAAACCUCGCGCACGGACACCCGGGUCAGGUUACUGGAGCUCAGACGACACUCUGGACCGAGAGAUCUGCCUCUACCACCGGCAUCAACCCUCUGGAGUCAUGACCAUGGGCCGGCAUCCAGACAAAUCCCAGUCCCACUACUUCCUAGCACAGAGCUACAACACACUAGGUGGGGGACACUCAUCCCUGAAGACCUCACGCAGCAACAAUGAUGUUGGAAGUUGCUCCACUUGCUCCAACUCCACAGGAGGCACUUUAACUUUUGGUGGCCCGAAGUCAGUGGACCAGGCUGGGCCACUCGUCAAGAAGAGCUCCUGGUCAAGCACACUUACGGUGAGCAGGGCCCGAGAGGUGUACCAGAAGGCCACUGUCAAUAUUGAUAAAGCUCUAGUCAAAGCACCAACCUGCCAACAGGGACGAACCUGCCAGUUUUUACAGGUUCCUCAGGAUGAGUGGAGUGGCUUCUCGUCUGUGGGUCAGGAUGAUGAGAUCCCGUGCAGGAGGAUGAGGAGUGGCAGCUACAUCAAGGCUAUGGCAGAGGAGGAAAGCGGAGACUCGGACUGCAGCCCUAAACCUUCACCGAAAGUCCAGGCCCGGAGAGCCAGCUACCUGAAAGCCACCCAGCCCUCCCUCACUGAGAUGACCACACUCAAGAUCAGUACGGAGUCCCAUUCCCCCAAGCUGCAGAUCCGGAGUCACAGUUACCUACGAGCGGUGAGCGAGGUGGAAGUGAACGGGCAGAUCGAGGCCGUGUGUGAGAGUGUGUUCAGUGAAACUUCUCAGGCUGUGGAUGCUCUGGAUUUGCCGGGGGCCGGAUGCUUUCGCAUGAGGAGCCACAGUUAUGUGCGGGCCAUCGAAAAGGGCUGCUCGCAGGAGGAAGAAGAGGAGAGAGCGAAACGUCAAGCCAUCUCACCACCUCGGAGUACAACUACUGUUAGAACCAUCCAGAACAGUACAGUAUCAUCAUGUAUAACCACCUACAAGAAAACUCCGCCCCCAGUCCCGCCCAGGUCAACACCCACCAGACCAUACAUCUCUAUAACAGCCCAGAGCAGCACAGAAUCAGCACAAGAUGCCUACAAUGAGCUCACAGGUGCUGGUCCUACUAACCGGGCCUUAGCAGCGGUCCAGUCAGGCCUUAGCAACUCCACAGAGAGCAUCGAUAGUAUGAAGGCCCUGACAGCAGCCAUCGAGGCAGCGAAUGCUCAAGUCCACGGCCCAGCCAGCCAGCAUGUGACCAACAGCACCAUCACCAUCACUACAGCCACCGCGACCACUAGCGUAACACACAUCUCACAGGAAGCUAAGAGAGAUGCCCUCAGGAAGUGUCUGUCCAUAGGGAUACAGGUGGAUGGUCCUGAGGAAGCCAAUCAGUCAGAAGUGCACUGCAAGUUUCAGUCAGUCGGCAUUCAAGUUGAGGAGGAGAGAUGCUACCGCAGAGUCACCCGCUCCAACAGCGUCACCACUGCCGUUCAAGCUGAUCUUGACCUUCUGGAGUGUCUCGGCGAUGACCAGUCCACACAGAUCCACCAGGGGCCCAUUGUCCGCCAGCCAUCCCGAGAUGCAGCCACUUCCACUGUCAGCAUCCAGGGCUCUGGGAACCACUACCAUGCCUGUGCCCAAGAUGACUACACAGAUGUGGGCUUCGACCCCUCCAUUCUGCCCCCUCCAGACCCCUGGAUGGAUGGAGCCAUAGAGGAGGAAUAUGCAAGUGGGGUGUCAGGGUUCGUGUGUCCGCAGGACGGACGCUGGUUUCUGAAACUGCUGCAAGCAGAGGUGGAGAGGAUGGAGGGGUGGUGCAAACAGAUGGAGCAGGAUAAGAGAGAGAAUGAGCUUCCAGAAGACAUUCUUGGCAAGAUUCGCAGUGCGGUGGGCAGCGCUCAGUUGCUGAUGUCACAGAAAUUUCAGCAGUUCCGGGAGCUCUGUGAAGAAAACUUGAAUCCCAAUGCCCACCCAAGGCCCGUGUCUCAAGAUCUGGCAGGAUUCUGGGAUAUGCUGCAGCUGUCCAUUGAGAACAUCAGCCUGAAGUUUGAUGAGCUACACCAGCUGAAAGCUAACAACUGGAAAGCACUGGAGCCUCCUGAGAGAAAGGAGAAGCGUGUGCCCCCUCCGGUACCCAGGAAGCCGGGGAAGGGUCCUGUGCUGCUAGUGAGAGACCGGUCUCUGGAGGGCUCCCAGCGGUUGGAGGCUCGUAAGCGGCUGCUAGCGGCUAAACGUGCUGCCGCCUCCCAGCGCCAGAGCUCUGUCACAGAAUGUGCCGACAGCAUUGAAAUAUACAUCCCAGAGGCCCAAACACGAUUAUAAACACUGAAAUCCAGGUGCUUAGAAGCAUAAAUAGACACACACACACACACACACACAUCUUCAACCAUAACACAAUAGCACUGAAUGACAAAGGCAGGGUAGCUGUAACAUAAUCACUACUCUUUUCUUGUCUAAAAGAGAGUUUCUUCACUGUGGGAUUCUACUGUAUGUAUUUACGACUUAAUUUUACUUUCUUCCUCCAUCCUGCAUUUGCUAUGUAGCUCCCUUGUUAAACUUCCAAAGACUUUUAAUCUUUCUAUUAGACACUCUAUAUUUAAUUGUUCAAAUAACAAAUUAUAUAUAUUCAUGUCUAAAAUACAGCAUAUUAUUAUGUCUGUUAAUAUUACUACUCAAAUAAUGCAAACUACUGAAUUUUAUUAUUUCAUUUGUAGUGUUUUGCAGUUACCGUGUAAGAGCCAUAUGUCUUGUGUUCUCAAAGAGGACAUAACUUCUAAAAGGGCAACAUACCCAUCACUUAUGAAGAUUUUAACGCCAAUGUAGCGAUUUCAGUGUAUGUAUGUAAACGUGUGUCAGGCUUUCAGUACAUGUAUUACACUCUCUCAUGUGUCACCCUGCACCUCUGAGACAGGGCGAGGUUGUUCUGUUUUCAGUAUCAGGGGAUAGAAUGGAAAAAACAUCUUUUCUCUAAUUUCUUUUCAUAUUUUUCAACCUCCCACUCGGUCAUCCUUUAGCGUCCUCUCAAAGCAUCAUAUCUCCGAUCCUGUCCGCCCACUAUCUCCCCUCAGCAGUGCCACUCACCUGUUUGACUGACAUAGAAGUCCAUCAUGUAUAUCAAAUGUGACACAAUUAUCUGUCACUGCUUAACGUGUUCACGUCAUUAACAGAAGUGCUGUCAGAACAUGCCACUCUUCAUGGCUCUGAUUCAUUAGCCAUUUAUAAAUUAGCAAUGUGUCACAUUAUAAAACAUUGUAUUUGGGCAGUCAGGGAUUUCAUUCAGCAUUAAGCCCCAUUCACACUGACAGCGAUGAAGUGAUGCAAAGUCUUUUAUUUUCAGAGAUCUCUGACAAUUUCUGAUGACAUGAACAAGGUGAUGUUACGUGCCUAUAUCAAGUCAAGUCAAGCUACUUUUAUUUAUAUAGCGCUUUUAACAAUACACAUUGUGUCAAAGCAACUGUACAGCAUUAAAUAGGAAAAUAGUGUGUCUAUAAUGCAAAAAGGCAGUUCAUCAUUGAAUUCAGUGAUGUCAU